AAGCGUAUGUGAUUCGUGUAUGUGUGUUGUGCGUUCAGCACUGACAAAAGAAUGUCAGUCAGAAAUGUCAAAAGUAGGCUGUGUGUAUUCACGUGGUAUUGGAAUACAAUUGCCGCUGCCAAUUUAAUGUGUGUUUAUUGUUCUAAAGAAAAGUGUUUAUAAAUCAACCGAUAAAUGAAAUCGAUGGAACACAGAAUGAGAAGAACAGAGACAGUGAAUUCGUGCGAAAUUGAACGAAGUGCAGUGUAUGUGGUCAACUGUAAGCUGAGCCAUUGUUUGGAGGACGUGCUUUCUAUGUUUAAUAAAAUGAUUUUCGUUCUUAUUAAACGCUGAUCAAAGACAUUUUGCUUGUUUUCUUUUCAUUUCUUUCUUCUGCUUUGAUUUGAAUUCGUUUGGUUUUGUGUUGUUUAUUCAUUUCAUUCCGUUUAUUCUGCAAUAUGAUCUUUGUCAACACAUUGAAGUGUGAAGUGGCAAUUAUGUGCGGCUCGGCAUUUUUGAAAUGCAUACACACAUACACAAAUACACAUACACACACCGAAACAGCAUCAUGCUCAGCUAGAAUCGUGAUGAUUGCUGAGUUUUUAAGACGCGUAUUCAAAUACGGCUAACUGUAAACAAUAUGAAAAUUGUAUUCUGUGUAAGUAGCAUUUUAGCCGGCUAGCACACACAAUCAGAUUAUAUCCGAAUAGAGAGACAGCAACGUCGGCAACAAGGCACACAGUGACAUUUGACUGAAGUGAACUAUCAUCGAUGACUGGUGCCCGCAUGCGGUCAACCAUAAAGACGGAAAGAAAACGAAAUUGAUUACAAUCGACAUUGCUGAUAAAUUUUCCAUCAUCAACCCAAAAACCACAACAACACAAAACAAAAAUACACACAAAAAUCUGCCAACAAUGGAUUACUGCAAUUUAACGCAUUCGGAACGACCAGUGCACAAAAUGCGACCGCGUACACCACCAUUACCGCCAUCAGUAUUAAGACGAAGCCGAAGCCGAACUCGAUCAAGAUCACCGAGAAGACGUUAUCGUUCGCCGCCAGUGCCGCCACCACCAUCAACCACUCAUCAUGAUUUGUAUCAUCAUCGUUCUCGUGACAAACACAUUAAUUCCUAUGAUGACCAUAAUCGCCAUUCAAAUUCACGUGCACGACCACAUGAAAGCCGCUGCAUUGGCAUUUUCGGUUUGAGUGAACGGACAUCGGAAACGGAUAUUCGUCGCAUCUUCUCAAAGUACGGUUACAUACAAGACACCAUUCUUGUCAUGGACAACAAAACCCGUCGAUCACGUGGCUACUGCUUCAUUUAUUUUGAAACGAUCAAAGGUGCAGUCCGAGCAGUUGAAUCGUCGGUCAAUUUGAGGAUCGAUGGCCGAUAUGUACGUGUCGAUUAUUCAAUCACAAGCCGACCACGAUCUCCCGGCUCCUUUGAUCGUUACAAAGAUGCAAUGAGCCGUUACAACAAUUCACGUCAUCGAUUAAAACGACGUCCUCAGAGUCCAUCGCCACCGCGACGUUAUCAACGUUAACGUCGUGCUCAUCAUUCAACAGUUGAAAAAAGUGUCCAAUCAAUCAAAACAUUCAAAUCAAAUUCAUCAUAAAGUGCAAAGCGAAUAUGAAUCGAUUUCAUAAUGAAACAAAAUCAGACAAAUUCCAAAAAUGCC